AAUUAACAUCUAAGAAAAUUAACAGUAAUUCUGUAAUAUAAUUAUUACCAAACACCCCUAAUAAUCCCUGUUUUAUAGGUAUAGUUUUUUUAAAUUCCAGGAAAUAGAUCACAUUUUUAAUGUCCCUUUAUUCUCUAUGAAUCUGGAUUAAUCUCUUCUUUUUUCCUCCAUGGUUUUUGCCCUUUUAAAGAUCAAACCUGUUGUCUUUUAGUGUGUCCCACAUUCUGGAUUUAUCUCUCUUUUUUUUUUAAUGUUAAAUAUUAUUUAUUAUUUGAUGCUCUAUUCUCAUUAUAGUCCUCUUUUUUCUUAAUUAACACUUCAAAAGUUAGUCAGAAUUAUGUGAUAUAUGGUUAAAGGUGGUGAAUCUAAAGUGUUCAAUCUCAUAUCAGAGAAGUGUAUAUAUAAAUGAACAUUUUGAGCCUUCGGAUGUGGUUUUUCUGUAUAAAUAGAGGCUGUGUGCUCAGGCCACUGAUGCUUAGUACAGUUUUGUGUCCUUAUCAAAUUGCAAUUAGAGUCAAUGAAGGAAAUCUGAACCUUUAAAAAUAACUGGCUCCCUUCUAUCCCCUUUCAAAACCAAAUCAGCUUUUCUCAAGCUUAUUCAUGUACCUGAUUCACUCACAGUGGCUUUUAAGUAUUUUAGAAAUGGCAUCAACAGGUAUAGAACUUUGUUUUAGGGUGUGUACAUUUUGGCAUGUUUGUUUUAAAAGACUCAUUACCUUUUAUUCAUAUCUUCUAUUAAGAUACUGAAAUCACUUUAAAGGAAGGGAAGUACUUCCUUUUUAAAAAAAAAUCUAGAUUUUACUUAGUCUCCUGAGAUUGGUUGCCAAAUUGGAAUCAGGCUGAGUAAAAUUUAUUCCCAGAGUAAAGUUAGAAACACAUGCAUAUUACAGUAAUAUACACUAUCAGGUUGUUAAGUAGCUGGUUUAAACCCUCAUUUCAGUUGGUUAAUUGCUUUUUAAAAAACCCCAAUAUUUGUAAUCCAUUGUUUUUGUGUCAGGCUAUAUGAAAUUUCUUAAAGUGCAGGGUAAUUACAUAUCUUACUACUUCAAAAAGAGAUCUAGUAUGUAAACACUUGAGGAUGUUUUUGAUUAAUUGUACGUGAUAUUUUCUGGAAGGUAUUUAAGAUGCCAAAUAUGAAACGUCCAUAUGGUAUGAUUAAAAUACUUGUGUACUGGUUUUGAAUUUUGUUCCUCUUCCCUCAGAGGAAAAAAAAGUUUCAAUUUAAUAUCUUUGAUAUUCUGUAGUUUUAAAAUACGAUAACCCUAAAGGAGUUGUGAAACAUGACUAACGAAGUUGUAGUGAAGAAUACAGGUAAAUUCACUAAAUAUUUACCAAAGAAGCUUCGUUAUAACAAGUCCAUUUCUAUACAUGGUAGAUGGCACAGGAUAAAACAAAUGGUUUUAGUAUUUGCACUGUAAAUUGUAUCCAUUUUGACCAUAUGGGUUUUUUUGUAAAGGAUGUGGUGAUACUUCUGGUUGAAGAAAAGAAUAAGAACUAAAUUAUAUUUCAGGAGUUUAUUGGGGUUCUAUUCUACUAUGAUGUGGACAUUUUAGUUCAUGACCCUUAGGAAUUCAAAUUUUAACCCAUUUGUGUCUUUUGUCAAAAGAAUUAUCUUGCUAUCUAUGUGAUCCUGGGCAGUUCCAUGAAUCUCGCCAGCCUUCUACUUAUUUAUAAAUUGUCGCGUUAGUAUAACUGUUACAUGAUCCUUUGAAGCUUGCAGAAAUUCUGUGCUUCAGAGCCUCAGCCUUCUUGCCAUUCAGCCUGGACAGCUCAUCUGUGCCGCUGCUGUUACCUCACAGCUCAGAGGCAGACAAGGUACAGAAACUUGGGGACCUGUUCCCAGCACAUGGUCACUAACAGUCCCUGCGUGUCAUCUGGGAUACUUGGUGUCCGUCAGUCCAGCGGUCCCCAGCCUUUUUGGCACUAGGGACCGGUUGCGUGGAAGACAAUUUUUCCACAGACCAGGGUCAGGGGCAUGGUUUCAGGAUGAUUCAAGCGCUUUACAUCUAUUGUACACUCUAUUAUUACAUCAGCUCCAUCUCAGAUCAUCAGGCAUUAGAUCCUGGAGGUUGGGGACCGCUGCGUUAGUCGACUCCUGAGCCUUUUGUUGAUGUUUGAGUGACCCCACAAGGAAUAUUCUGGAGUUUGAGUAGAAGCACUUUCACUUGAUGGUACUUUCACUUUCACUGGUGCCGAUUUGGAGGAAAAAUUAAAUAAUUAUGGCUCUGAAGCAUAUGCUGUUUUCAUAUCUUGUUUCAAGUUAAAGGAGAGGCAACAACAGACUAAGACUAUUAUGAAAUUUUAUUGCUUUUGAUGUUCUUGUAAGCAGAAUAGUACCAUUGGACUCACCGAGGUGAGGAUGGUGACAAAGCCAACAUAUUCUUUUUGUUUUAUUUACCAAGUAAGCAGAUUACCUGGAAUGCUGUAGAACUAUGGAAACUAGGAGCUUCCAUUUUUGAAACAGGCUGAGAGAGUCUUUUUCUAAUAUUCCAAAUAAGGUACAAAAUCAGCAAUGGCAUUUUUUGUUUUUUUGCAUCACAAAUAUUUGACCUAGAAAAAUGUUAUGUAUUGUGUGAUUACAAGUUAUUAAUACACAUAAACAUUAGCUUUUAAAGGUUAGUUUUUUCUAAGCAACUUUUUCGUAUGUGUCAAUGUCAGUUACGUGUGUACAGUAUUUUACAUAGUUAUAUAGAACAAUUUCAAAAAUAAAAUGAAUUUUUUUUUUUUUUAGUGUUCUUGUUUGGACUUCAGGAAAUUAGAUAUCCUGCUGGCAUUAAAAAUUCUUUCCUAAAUUAGUUUAUGAUAUUUCAUGGAAUCUCAUUAAAAGGCUUUUGUCAAGUAUUACAUAAAGUAAAUAAGCUUUUUAUAGAGGGAGAAAGACAGAAUUUCCAGUUGUUUUCACUGGUUGUGUUAUAUUCCCAGCAGGAAUAGUCAGUUCCUUUUUAGAAUCUUUUGUGCUGUCUCACGCUGAGUUUUUUAAGAGUAAUUUCAGGAGUGAAUACUGGUUGGUUUUUAUCAAAACAAGCAGACAAACAAAAAAGACAAAGCUCUUUACGUCAUAGUGAGAAUCAAUUUUGUGUUUGUAUAGGUAAUGUUUCUUCUUUAUUUUUAAGAGAUUAUUUACAUUCUAGUUGUUCUUCGUGAAAUAAUUUAAUAUCAAAACAGCAGGACACUUUUAUUUCGUUGACAUGGUUGCCAAAUUUAAUUUACUUGGAGGGGGAGCAGGCAGGCUAGUGGGUUUCCUUCGGGUUAAGUUAAACAUGCAUUUGCAAUAGGAAGACUUGUGGUGUCUGGCCUGGAACUUUCUUAGGCGAUAAGUUAAAGUGUUGUGCUUUUGCUUAGCUGCACAGAGCUGAGGAGUGUUUCUCCUCUGCAUGCCUUUCAUGAACUUCAAAGAGAAUCAUCCCCUUCAGGUUUUCAGUAUGAAGGGAGCAAAGUUCUCUUUUUAUUUUAACUCUUAUUCAGCUUUUGUGUCUAACUCUGCUGAUUUGUCUAUUUGAAAAGCACAAAAUGUCCUCCCAAAAAAAAUAUCCUCCAGUUUUUACUUGCUCAAGAAUACUUCCUGGAACAUAAUUCUAUUUAUGCUUUGAGUGGGGAGCACUAAAAUUAAGGGUCUAGUUUAUACCAAAUGUUUUGUUUUAUGUAUAUUGUAAUUCACAAUGAUCAGGGAAAUUGAUCACGAAAAUUAAGCAAAGGAGGAUAGAUUAAUAGCUGAAGGAGCUGAGUUUAAGUAAUAUGUUUUAACAGUUUUGUCAGACACAUUUUGAGAUUAAAAACUCUGAAGUAUUUUUCAUUUUUGACCAAGAGGUGAGCAUUAUUACAUUAAAAUUGAGUAGAAUAACUUAAAUUAUUAUGUGUAGUAUCUUUUGAAAGUCAUAUUUCUAAACCUUUUUAUAUCUAGUAAUUCACAUGUUUAUUAGUCAAAUGCUGUGUAUAACUCUUUUUUUUUCUAGAUAUUUAUUCCAAGAGCUGUGGUUUGAGAAAUGUAAAAUUCUAUACAGAAUGAAAUCAACUGAAGAGAAACCUUAAGACUGGUUGUGGUUCUCACAGAUAAUUCCUAUUUAUUGGAUUUAAAAUUUUGUAACUUUGAUGACCUGGAGCUCAGAGUACAGGGAAUUUUGCUGUUGGUCAUUUAUGUGUCCUAAAAAUCACUAUGCAGCAUGCAUUACUACACGAUAAAAAAAGCCUUAGAGUUUAUGGGAAAACCCCAUUAGAGGCACAACAUUGCAGAGCAUCUGCAAUAACAUACUUAAGAAUGAAGAUAGGAACCUAAUAUAAAUAGUAGCACUGUUUCAUAUGUUAAAUGGUUUACGAAGACAUGAACAUUACAGUAAAUAUGAUGCUUUACCUUGACAAAGACCUAACGUGAGCCUUUGGGAGUAGAUAUGGAAAGGAUUUAUUUGUGGAUUAACACGCAGAUGGGCAUAGGGACUGCUAGAGUAGGAGAGCGGGCUGUGACACCAGAUCUGGGUAAGGGUGACUCAGCCCUGGGUGAGCUGAGGGUGCUUGCUGGUGGUGGGGUGAGGCGUGCCCGCAUGUGGGUUUUGCCUGUCUCUGCAGCUGUUUUGCAUGUUCCUGUGUGACUCAGUUUAUCUGGGUGCAUCUUCUGCAUUUCACCUACUGUUUCUCCUGGACAGAGCCACGCAAACUGAAAUUUGCAUUUUGCUCACGUUGUUCCUCAAGUGUAUCACCUUCUGCAACAAGUUUUUGUUUUCCAAAGAGCAGUUAUGUCUAUACUGACUCUCAAAGUCAUUGAGAGAUGGAGGAUGAGUGGCUAGUCACCAUUUAUGUCUAACUUGAAAAUGUUUUUAAGGGAUGGAAAAGAAUCAGAUAUAUCUAGGAUGUAAAAUGUUCUUUCCUCUUUACAAGGUAGAAAGAAUCCCAGUAGAGCAUGUGAGCACGUUCAGAUUCAAAGAACUGUGUUUUGCUGAAGUACAAUCUGUGAGAUUAUAUGACUGACAACGCUGCCGUCUCCCUCCAAAAAAAAGAGAAAGAAAAGAGGAAAAGAAAACCAUCAUUUUCGGAGUUAAAUGGGCAAGGCCAUCGGGCCAUUAUUUCCACUGAUUUUUUUGAAAAUUAACUAUUGAUUUUACUUUCAGUUGGCUGACUUUUGAGUAAUGUACCAGGCUUUCCAGGUUUACUGCAUUCUAAAUUUUUAUAUUUCAUAGCACUUAGUAGAUAUUUAUUUAAAUAAUUUCAUAAAUCAGGAGACGCAAAUGCAAGUCAUUUAUAGGUUCAUUUUGACAUCAGAGUUUUGUUUUCUUGGACAAAAUUGCUCCAUUUCUUUCUAAAGCAUGCUGUGUUGGUGAGUGAGCCUCCUAGGGGUAAUAUCUCUUGUCAGUCACAUUUUCCACCCUGGUGUAUUGCAUUAACUUUCCCUGGUCCUCAGCUUUAUCAUCUAUAAAAUGAGAGAAUUAUGUCUUCUUAAGUUCUGUUCCAGCUGCUGUUCCUGCAGUGAUGUAAAGAAGCAGUGUCACUUUAAUUUUAUUUAUUAAACAAGCACUUGCAUUGUUCUUACUGUGGAAUGUGUACCACUCUUAAGUGCUUUUCAAAUCACUCAUUUAAAGUGGACUGAUGGAGAGAGGAAACCAAGGCAGAGAGUUUGGUAAUUUACUCAAGGUUGUCCAGCCAGAUGGGGGCAAGGCUGGGGCUCAAAGCUAAGUAAAGUUUGUGCUCUUACUCAUCAGCUUGUCUUUAAAACGAUGAUUCACUUUCUAAUGUAUGGAAACUCCAGAAGCUACAGGGGAGAAUGAGGCAGCCCCUGCUCUCCAGAAUCCACAUGAAGGGAGAAUUUUGUACUCUGUGUGUGUGUGUUUAUGUCCCACAGAAGAACUCUAAAGUAAACACUUGUUGGUGAGACUGCUUCAUUAGAAUGUAAAAAUAACACAUUUUCAGGUUAAGUAAUUGGUUCCAAGCUUCCAACUGGCUUAUUUAAGAUUAUUUAAAUAAACCACAGGGUUCCAGUUAGAUGGUGAUAAGCUUGGUGAAACUCUAGAGUACUGUGGAAACAUGAUAGCUAAAAGGCUGACUUACUUGAUACCUAAGAUUAAUCAUACUAUGUGUAGAAAUUAGAAUAGUUAUGUGGAAACAUUGAGGUUUUCAGUCAACCCAAACCCCUUCUAUGUAUAUUAAUAUGAACUUCUCGUUAAUGGGAGAUUCCUAAUAAUGGAAUCUUUUUCAUAUUUUUAUCUGUAUUGUACCUAGAACAAUAUCUUUUCCACUGUACUCAAAUGUUGAGUAAGUGAUCACUUCAGUAUUACAGUAAGCACGAUGAGUCUCUGGAGAGCUCUGUGUCCCUGUGGGGGCCUGCCAGAAAGUCAGAUUAUACACAGGAGGUCAACUAAACAGGAUUUUGCAAAAUAACUCCUUACCUGAAGACUGAAGGAGCCAGCAAGGGAAGUGGAGGCAUCCUUUACUGUCAGGACCUCUGAGUCAAGAGGGCAAAAGUGUGAAGUGGAAAAUGGAAUUCAGCAGAUGUUUUGAGUACCAGGGAGAUCUAACAAUGAGAGACCUGUUAUGAUGAUGUGUGUAGUACUCACCACGCUUCCCAGCUUCAGCUUUUCUAUAGCAGUGACUGAGGUUCAAAAGAAUAUUAAUGGUUCCACUGGUAUCUUACCGGAUAUGUUACCUGACCUGCCAGUCUCCCUAGUUCUGACUUGCUUGAUUGUGGUUGAUAUUAUUGAAAAACUCAGGAUAUAUCCUCUUAGAGGUAACGAAGACAGGCACAUCCAUACGACCAAUUUGCAACAAAUAAGAACUGUGACACGUGAAGCGAAGCAAAAUGAAGAAAACGCGACUCGCCCACAGCCAGCCAACAGGACCCACUUGUCGCGGCCACUAGGAGGUGCCACAGGGAGCUCCUCUCCUGAACUAGAGGGACCCCAGGAGCCCACCUUUGAGUGGGGAAUCCUGAGAAGGCUGUCCCAACAGGACGUGCGUGCGGAGAUCUUCCUCGGGAGCUUUCUGCUGUGGGCCGACACCAUAGAAAUGGUACGGGUGGCCGGGCACCCCAGGGUGUACAAGUCAGGCUGGGUGUACGCGGUCUACAUCUUCAGUUACAUUUCUCUUCUUCGAAUGACACUCACUCCCCGGAACCCGCUUCUGAAUUGCCUUGGCAUCCUUCUCCAGGAUCUACCUUUUAUCUUUGUUAGACUGAGUUUAAUCAUUGUCCUGGGAACAAUCACACCUGUAUUGGGUCUGUGUAAAAAUGUGCUGGUGACUCUGUCUUAUGUUUACUUCAAUUACUUAACCGGUUUCAGGAUGUUCUCAACCUUUGAGAGGUCUUUUUAAAGAGAAAAUGUCCUAUAGUCAAACCUCUUUUUUAUGCACAUGCAUACAUUUGUGAUCUUUUUGCAGGGCAGGCAUAUGUUAUUUUGCACUCUAAGAAGAAAUGAAGAAAUAGAUGCUAGAGAAAAAACUAUUUUUAAAAACUAUAACGUGUCAAUUUUUAACAUGUAUGCAAAUGGUGCUAAAUGUAAGCAAAGUUGUUGUCUUUUAAGUUGGUUCCCCUAGAUUUGUAGAAAAUGUCAGUAGUUAAUUUUGUUAUGUAUUCUGCACUUUUUCUAAAAGUACACUUCAGUAAAGCAUCUUAAAAAAUGAGAACAUGUCUUCCUACUAAGUUAGUCCAAGAAUGAGAUUUUUUUUAUUGUUGACAGAGAGGGCAUUACAAGAAUUAGUUAAAAUUAAUUUUAGGAAAUAAGCCUGUUAUUAUUAAAUAAGUUUAGAUUCUAUCAGUACUUUUAACAAAUUGACCCUGAGGGAUGGAAUGGGGAGGGAGGUAGAAGGGGGGUUCAGGAUGGGGGACACAUGCACACCCAUGGCUGAUCCAUGUGUUUUUUUAAAAAAAUUGAAUUGUUUUAGAGUCUCUCUCCUUCAGACAUGUAAUUGUUCUUCAUUCCUCUGUGGCAAGAGAUUUUUAUGUAAUUAGUUGAUUUCAGCAGAGAAAGCAAUUUAAUUUUAUAGACAUUUGAUUCAAUUUAAUGUAAUGAAGUUAAGGUAAGAUCUAGAUAAACUUUUAUAAUAGGAAGCCACUAAUUGAAGAGGGAAAUUUCAAAGUAAAAGAAUAUUGAUUUGUGGAAUUUGAUACCAUCAUGAAAGCAAGGUGCAAGUCCUGUUUAAAGUUAGAAGUUCAACUUACAAAUGUAACAGCAAGUGCAUUAGUGUCUUAUGUGAUAAUAUAGAAUAGUUAUCUUGACAUUAAAUAAUUAUAUAUG